AUGCCCACCCGACCACGCCUUUUUUGGGAUGCCGUCGGCCGCAGAUCUUGCCGUCUGCCAGGGUUCGUCACGCCUCCCGCAGUCCCCCUUGUUGCUAGCUGUUCCCCACGUCGCCCGCAAACCUCCUCGCGUCGUCCGCAGUUCCCACGUCGCUCGCAGUUCCGCGCGGCGCCGGCCAUUGCCUCCCGUAGCCCGCAGUUUCCAAGUCGCCCGCAGUUCCCCGCGUCUCCCGCAGUUUCUCCCGUUGCCAUAACCGGCCAAUCCAUCUCAAACGCCAUCACUGCCAUCGGCAACGCGGUACUAGCGGGCAGAGCGAGCGGGUGGCGCAGCGGAGGCCGCCAUGUUCGCGCGCAAGGCGGUGGAGCUCGUGCAGGAGGUGGCGCGAUGCGACGCCGACCAAAUACUGCCCUUCGAUGCAGACGGCGUUCAGCGAGUGCUGGAGGAGGCGCACGAGCAUCACCAACACAUGGUGCAAAUCCUCCUGUGAGCAUCACCAACACAUGGUCUGCUGCACCACUCGCUCUGGUCUCCUUCCUUUUCUUUCCUUUCCCUCGUUUCUUUCGCAACCACGACUGUUUCUUUCCUUUUCUGCUGCCCUACUUUGACGCUCCUCAAAAGAUUGUUUCUCUUUCUCUGCCGCCCUCCUUUGACGCGCCUCAAAAGAUUGUUUCUCUUUCUCUGCCGCCCUCCCCCUCCCUCCACCCUCAUCCCAUGGUGCGUGGCGAGUGGCAGGCGGGUGCAGGGGUCGGGACUGGACUGGGAGCAACGCUGCCACGGGCGUUGCAGGAGCGGCUGAGUGCGGGGGAGGGCGAGUGGCUGGCGCAGUACUCACAAUCACUGGGCGACUACAUGGUGGAUGCAGGGCUGGACCUCACCGUGGGGGGGAUUAAUGAGUCGACUCAAAAGUGGCUGGCGCAGUACUCGCAGGCGCUGGGCGACUACAUGGCGGAUGCAGGGCUGGACCUCAAUGUGGACCUGCUACCCCCCAAGGACCCUUACAUCGAAGUGCGGGUACUCAAGGAUGCCGGUGCAAUGUAUCUGGACGACAAAGUGGCCUACUUGGAGGCCAAUACUCUGCACCUUGUCAGGAAGACCGACGCUGAACCACUAAUUCUCAAGGUAUUGAACGGAUGCCCCUUUCACCAUCCUUUCCCUUAA